AUCGUACGUACGGUACGUCACAUGAUGGCGCAUGGUCCCGUUCGAUAACAGCAAACGGGAACGUUCAUACUUUUUAAAUGGCUGAGUCUACAGUGCGCUAAACACACGAUAAUGUUUAACACACUAGCAAAGUACAUGUUUUAGCUUGUGUAGUGGGAGACGGCGAAAUGUACGCGGCGAGUGUCUUGUUCUUCGUGGCAGCGAGCUGUGCAAGUUCUUCUCCCCACGGGGUGUCGGCUGAGCGAUCCUUCACUAUAGACUAUAAAAACAAUUGUUUCCUAAAAGAUGGACAACCCUUUCAGUACAUCUCAGGCAGUAUUCACUACUCCCGAAUCCCACGUUUCUACUGGAAGGAUCGGCUGCUCAAGAUGUACAUGACGGGACUCAACGCCAUCCAAAUAUACGUCCCUUGGAACUUCCACGAAACAGUCGAGGGGAUCCAUAACUUCACAGGAGACAGGGAUUUGGAGUAUUUCUUGGAUCUGGCCAAUCAGACGGGCCUUUUGGUGAUCCUGCGCCCAGGCCCGUACAUCUGUGCCGAGUGGGAGAUGGGUGGGUUGCCGGCAUGGUUACUCCAAAGAAAUAACAUUGUACUACGCUCAGCUGAUAAAGAUUUUUUACAGGCAGUCACUAACUGGUUUGCUGUCCUCCUCCCCAAAAUGAAGCCCUGGUUGUAUAUUAAUGGCGGAAACAUCAUUAGCAUCCAGGUUGAGAACGAGUAUGGAAGCUACUACGCUUGCGACUACAACUACAUGCGUCACCUCCGGACUCUGCUGCGAUAUUAUCUGGGCAAAGAACCCGUCCUGUUUACCACUGAUGGCAACACGGAUAAGGAAAUGACAUGCGGGACUCUGGAGGGAUUAUAUGCCACUGUGGACUUUGGCACAGGCGACAACAUAACUGAAGCCUUCAACAGGCAAAGGCAGUUUGAACCUGUGGGGCCUUUGGUCAAUUCAGAGUAUUACACUGGCUGGUUGGACCACUGGGGAGAUGAGCAUGCCAUGGUUGAUACUCAGAAGGUCACCAAAGGGUUAGCAGAGAUGCUAAGCAUGGGUGCUAACGUCAACAUGUACAUGUUUGAAGGUGGGACCAACUUUGGCUACUGGAAUGGUGCUGACCACGACACCAGCUUCCGUCCCGUGGUGACCAGUUACGACUAUGACGCCCCGCUAUCGGAGGCAGGGGACCCCACAGAGAAGCUGUUGGCCAUCCGAGACGUCAUUAAAAUGUUUAAAGCCAUUCCCCUUGGACCCAUGCCGCCUGCUACUCCCAAAUUUGCCUAUGGCUUUGUGAUGCUAAGAAAGGUGGGCAACAUUAGCAGCCUAUUGGACACACUUUCUGCGGGGCCUGUUCAUUCCAAGUACCCUAUGACUUUUGAGGACCUCAAACAGUUGUAUGGAUACAUUCUGUAUCAGACCACGUUACCCCGGGACCUCGCUGAGCCCACGCCGCUCAUCUCUCCCACCAAUGGAGUUCAUGACCGGGCGUACGUUUCCGUCAACGGGGUUUUCCAGGGUCUCUUGGAGAGAGACACCGUACUGGUGAUGAACGUCACUGGACGGCAGGGGGACAUCGUGGACAUCCUUGUGGAGAAUAUGGGCAGAGUUAACUUUGGGAGCCAUAUCAAUGACUACAAGGGUCUCCUUGGCAACCUGAUCCUGGGCCAAGAUGUACUAACCGACUGGAAGAUGUACCCAUUGGACAUUGAUGGAGCCGUUGCUGCUGGAUGGCCUCACAUUGUUGACCUCCCCAACCAAACGAGCAGACCUUCUCUUGGACCGACCUUCUACAUGGGAACAUUGCAGCCCAGUGGUGUAGCGUGGGACACCUUUCUCAAGCUAAAUGAUUGGACAAAGGGUCAGAUUUGGAUCAAUAGUGUAAAUCUGGGGCGAUACUGGCCAGCCAGGGGCCCGCAGCAGACCCUUUAUGUUCCCGGACCCCUGCUUAGCACCACCCUGCCCAACAACAUCACAGUACUGGAGCUGGAGGGGGCGCCGGCACAUUUAAGGGUGCUCUUCAUGGAUCGACCGCUCCUCAAAGCCGCAGCUGAUGAGUAGUGGCACUUGAGUUUGGAACAAUAAUACGCACACCAUGCUUUUGAUAUCCAGCUUGAAAGAUUUUGUUACCUUUAACCCUGUUGUUUUGUAGACUAGGGUCAUAGUGAAAAAUAAAUCUAUCCAAGAAUCAAGUCAAAAGAUUACGAUAAUAGUCGCAAUUCCUUGAGAAAAUGGUUGUAACAUUAUGAGGUGAAAUGGAAAACAGUUGUAUAUGAGGGGAAAAAAAAAUGUAAUCUUACAAGAAUAAAGGAUUUUGUUACCCUAA